UCCUACAAUUAAAUAUUGCAAUGUGGGGUGCUUCUGCUCUGGGUAGCUGGCACUCAAGCUCUUUUCCAAGACUGUUCCUCUAGCAUCCACCAUGUUUUUCUUCCGUAUAUGCUCGAUCCAAAUUGGUUCCCCUUCUAUGAGUUUUUUUGGGUUUUUUUCGCUGAAGGGCGUUGGUUGGUUUGUUUGUUUUGGGCUUAAUUUCUGGGAUUGUAGGUUCCUUGCUUUACACCAUCUGCAUUGACACUGGAGGAAAGCCAGUCUUAUCACUAGACACAUUUUAGCUGCCUGGAGCAGUGCUUUUGCUGCACCAGCAGAAGAGGGAGAAUGAGAAAAUGUGAGGGGAGGGGUAAAAAUCCCCCACCCUGCCAUGAUUCCAAUCUAAAUUGUUCCCCAACUUUUAAUCAGAGAAAGAUUCCUGGCAAGUUUUGUUAGGUGCUAAUUAAGGACUGUUUCUGACUGUUUUGCAGAUUAAUCAUGAGUCUUACCAAGUUCAGUUAAGUAUGCAGAGAAUACAGCUUGCCAGAGAAAUUCUGUUUCUUUGCCUAGGAUUUGGACUUUCCUAUUGUAUUAGCUAAGAUAGGACAGAACUGGUCAUAUGUCCUAAAUUUAUCAUACAUUGUAGCUGGGAAUUUUAUUCUCACUGGAUUGUUAGGAAUACUUAUUUCCUUGAAGAAUUUGACAAGUCCAGGUUUUGCUUUCACUAAAUUAAAAACCAAAAAUAGUGAAUUUAGUACAUCCUUUACUUAGAAAUAAAUUCUACUGUAUUCACUGGCACUUGCUCCAUACCAAAUGUGUUGAUAGUCUUGUUUGUGACUUUGGCUGCAGUCCUACCUAUUCCAAUUUUCCUGAACUAUGCUCCACUGGUCUCUGUUUCUGAGUAAACAUAUGUAAGACUGCAGUGUUUGCUCUAAGGUUUACCACUUGAUUUUUCCUAACCUAUAUCUUUCCAUUCCUGUGUAGCUGCCCCAUGUAAUUGAUAUAAAAACUGUAAGCCCUCUAGGAUUGAUUGUGUUGCUUUCUGUGUAGCACCUAACACACUUCUUCUUGCUAGUCGCGAAGUCAUGUCCGACCCAUUGCGACCCCAUGGACAACAUUCCUCCAGGCCUUCCUGUUCUCCACCAUCCCCCGGAGUCCCACACUGCUGGUGCCAAAUAAAUACUGAGAAAGAAUUGGAGCAAUAGCUGUAAUGUGUCCACUUCUAGCAUCCCUGUCUAGACAGCCAAGAGCCCUGAGGAGAGCCAGUGCCAUAGAGACAAGAACAGUCAUAAGUCAAAAACAUGGAACAGGAUGAAGAUCAGAAGAUGGAUCCUGAAAGAGCUUGUGAGAAUGUCAACCAUUUGAUGAUGGAUGUAGACGUGAUUGGAACACCUGAAGCAGCUGCCUUUCCCCAUGUUCAGCAAAAAAAUUAUAUUGAUGAGUUUGAAUCUCCUCCCAAUACUCAAGAUAAAUGUGACCUUUUCCCUAACUGGCAUAUACCACUGAAGACAGCACUAGUACUAUCUUUGUCCACUUUUAUCUACACUUUCCUGAGGGACGUAAUCCAUCCUCUUGUAACUGCUCAAGAAAAUGUAUUUUAUAAAAUUCCAAUCCUGGUGAUAAACAAAGUCUUACCAGUGGUUUCAAUUACCCUUUUGGCUCUGGUUUAUUUACCAGGAAUACUGGCUGCAGUUUUCCAGCUUCAUUAUGGCACCAAGUAUAGACGUUUUCCACAGUGGUUGGACAGAUGGAUGUUAUCACGAAAGCAGUUUGGGCUUCUUAGCUUCUUUUUUGCCUCAAUGCAUGCCUGUUACAGCUUGUGCUAUCCAAUGAGGAGAUCAUACAGAUACAAACUCUUAAACUGGGCAUAUCAACAGGUAAAGAAGAAAAAUGAGAAUGCUUGGAUUGAGCAUGAUGUCUGGAGAAUGGAGAUUUAUGUGUCUCUAGGAAUUCUGGGACUCGCUAUAUUGGCUCUAUUGGCAGUAACAUCAAUUCCAUCUGUCAGCCACUCACUGACCUGGAGAGAGUUUCAUUAUAUUCAGAGCAAGAUGGGAUACGUAGCUCUGCUGCUGUGCACUGUUCAUGCACUAGUUUUUGCAUGGAAUAAGUGGAUCGACGUAGGCCAGUUCCUGUGGUACACUCCCCCUACAUUUAUGAUAGCAGUUGUUAUUCCAAUAGUGGUUUUGGCUUGUAAAAGCAUCCUGCUUUGCCCGUGCCUUAGGAAGAAACUACGGAGGAUCAGAUCAGGCUGUGAUGUUAAUGCUGCAACAAGUUGGGCACAGAUGGCUUCUAGACUAUAGAUUCAAGCAUGUUUUGCUUUGCUGCCAAUACUCAUUUUUCUUCAAACCCUAAAUAAAUUUAGCUUUUCCCUAAGGCUACAAACGUAUGCUCCACUGAGCUCAGUAAGGCUUACUUCUGAAUAUGUACUUGGGAUCAUCUUUACAGGCUGAAAGUAAUCCCACUUUUGUUGUAUUGAGGCAGUAAACAUUUUUGCCAUACAAGUUUAUUAAAACAAAUCACAAUGCUG